ACUACAAGGACACACAAACAUUCGUGUCCUUUCUAUAAGAAAGAACUCCAUUUCGUAAGGAUCCUCUUUUGUUCAAUAUAGAAACUGGUGUCACACCCUCAGAAAACGUGAAUGUACAUAAGGCUUAAAGUGUUGGGGAUGGAAUUGUCCAGUCUAUGAUGGGACAAGAUGCUUUUGAAAUCACAUUUAAACGGAACAAAAGGGCGGUUACUCUGGACGCUGCACCGCGGACCAAGACAGAUGACGUUGUGAAAGUUGAUCCACAAUUACUGUUUCAAAGACUAUCUACAGCAGCCCAGAGAUUUGCUGAUGACAUUCCGAGUAUAUUUUCAUAUGAGCUUUGUAGUGUACCAUUUGCAUUGUUUGAUACUUCUGGACUCAUUCGAAAGUCUCAAAAGUUCUUACUGGCUGAUGCAAUAUGAAAACUUGGUGACUGUAGUGCAUGUGAGGAAUCUGACACUGUAAACUCAACUUAUGUGCUUGAUGGUGGAUCUCUUCUUAAUCAUUUGCCGUGGAAGUUGGGAAUGACAUUUGCUGAAAUAUGUAAAGCCUAUAUAAGCUACAUAGCUGGAAGGUAUUCCAGUGCAGUGAUUGUGUUUGAUGGUUAUCUGUCAGGACCAACAACAAAAGACACAGCACAUAUCAGGCGAACGCAUGGUGUUGUUGGAUCAAAAGUCUAAUUUACAAAAUGCACUUCAUUGGCUUCACGAAAAGAGAAGUUCUUGUCAAACCCAGAAAAUAAACAGAAUUUCAUUUUCAUGUUGGGAACAGAAUUAGAAGGACACGGAUAUCGUUGUGUUCACGCUGUCCAUGAUGCUGAUCGGUUGAUUGUAGAAACCUCUCUCAAAUUAGCGGAAACAUCAAAUGUAACCAUUAUUGGUGAAGAUACGGAUUUACUUGUACUUCUGUUACAUUUCUAUUCACCCAGCAGAUCGGUAUUCUUCAAGUCAGCAACCAGUGCUACAGCCUCCAAGGGAUUGCGAGUUUGGCAUAUUCAGAAAACAAAACGGGUAUAAGGUCUCAGCUGUUCCCAUAUCCUGCCUGUAAUACAUGCCCUCACUGGAUGUGAUACUACCUCACAGAUGUAUGGCAUAAGCAAAGGAGCGGCACUGAAAAAGUUUUUGGGUGAUACAGAUCUUGUUACACUUGCGGAGACAUUUAUAGAAUAGUCCACUGAAGAAAGCAUAUUAAAAAAUAGAGAAAAUAUACUUGUUAUUCUGUAUGGUGGAUUGGAUGAGGAAGGGUUAGACAUGUUAUGCUUCAGGAAAUUUACGCGGAAGCUAAUGACAAGUACUACCCAUGUGCAGGUCCAAACAUUACCACCUACCUCUAGGUCGGCUAAGUAUCACAGCGUGCGCUCAUAUUUUUAAGUCCAGGAGUGGAUAGGAGCUGACCCAAUGGGCCAACUGAAUGGGGUUGGGCUCUUAAUAACGACAGACUUCUACCAUUGAAAACAGAUUUGCCGCUUGCCCCAGAGAACCUUCUUAACAUGAUUAAAUGCAGAUGCAAACGAAAUUGCGAUUCUAAAAAAAUGCACAUGUAGAAAAACGAACUUGAAUGUGCAACUGGAUGUUCAGAGUGCCAGGGUGUUAGUUGCACUAACACAACAUGUAGACGGGAUCAGACGAGUCUGACUCAGACUUGGAAUUAUAAGAACCUUGUUUAACAUUUGUGUUAAAGACUUUAUUACAUGCGCCUGAUACUUGUGGUCAAACAUGAACGUAAUGUGGCAGUCAUAUAUCUUAUUGAGGUUAUGUUCGUUGCCCCACUCACUUCUUCAUUAUUGUAUAAUGUUUAAUGUAUAUUUAUCUCGCUUUAAAUACAUGCACAGAUAGCCAAAGAAUAUAUUUUUAUAUUAUUUGCUACUUUUUGUGUACCGGAUUAUGUUCAAAUAUUGAAAUGAAACUGCUCUUCUGAACACUAUUAAGCAGUAGCAGGCAAUUUCAAUCUGAAAUAUUAAGUGUUUACCUAGUAAAUAUUUUCAUUUUUUUACAAUAUUUCCCCUGCUUAGAUUUUUCUAGAUUUUUUUUAUUUGAUAUGUAAUAGAUCCUAGAUGGUAAAUUUAAAGGUUUCUGUUCUGUUGCAAUUUUUUAAGGUUAUGGCUAUUUUGGGGAUAUUUUGACUGGACUACGGGGGCUUGACAUGCGCUAUAAAUGAAACAACAGCGACACACCCUGGAUUAUUUUACCAAUAGACAACCCGUAGGCUACUGACAGUACUCUUGAAUAAAAAAAACAAGUCAAUUGGAAUGUCCUUUUUGCAUUGAUUAAAAGUUAUUGGUAAAUUGAUGUUAUAAUUGUUUUCAUGUUGCUUCAUUUUGAAUCCGUAUUUAUUGUUUCUUACAUUUUAACGAUCAAAAGCCGGCGGCUACCUAGGUCGCUCUUUCCAAUUAUUUGUAGUAUGUAUUUCCUUAAAAACAGCAUGCAUACUUUAAAAUAGUUACCAAAACCCAUCGAAUAAUUGAAAUUGUUUUUGUGUAAUCUUAAACUGCUUAUACUUAUCGAUAUUUGUGUUUUAAAGAUGAUGAUAGAGCCACAACGUGUUUCUUCCGAACGUUGAUUUCCUUCGACGAUGUAGCUAAAUAAAACAUCAUGGCGAAUCUAGCCGAUGUGUUCACUGAGUCGGAAAGAACGAACUGGCUGAAGGCAUUGCUUGCAAUUAAUAUUGCAAAGUCUGGCCUAGAGCAGUUCGCGGAGAACGAGGCUAAAACUCUACACGGCAAUAUAUACAACGCAAUUUUGACAAGUGGCGCAGUCGCGUGUACUGGCUGUCAAACAGCAAACUUGCUGAAAUGCCCUUCGUUGGGGAUAUGCAAAAAACGUGGAGCGCAAGGGCUAUGCACAUCUGUGCAUGACACCGCGUCCAAACAACCGCGACCAUGUCCUGCUAAUGUUUGCAAUAAAGUCCUUAACGAAAUUGCAAAGCAACAUAAAUAUCACAAUCCUUCGUGGAAAAAUACAGUAGCGAUUCACUGGGCAUCAAAUCCAUGGGAAAUUGCCAAGGCUUAUUUUCCUCCAGAAGGUUACGCUGAAAAGGCGUCGGCUCAAGAUACUGACUUCAACGGCAUCAUCAGUUUUUUUAUGAACUGUAAACACUUCGAUAACAAGUUUUCGUUCCCCAUAGCUCCAGGAAAAACACAUCCACCAUGCCUUUUAACAAAGGCGCGAGACAUAGGAAGAACUGUACGUCAUUCGUCUACGUGCAAUGUCACAGACACAGAUCUUCAGGGCAUGUUCAUAACACUGACAAGCCUGUUGACUGACCAAGGUCUAGCAAACGACGUUGCUGCGCAGGAGGCUGUUAGGAAGCUAGCAAAGCUACAAACCGACGUUCUGAAGCUAACAACGGAGGAAACCAUUAAUUUGUUAGAAUCUGCACGAAAUGAACUAAAGAAAGUAGAACAUAUAACUAAAAAUAUAACUAAAGCUAUGGAUGAGAUGCGUAUUUACAUUGAAAACUGUAGAAAGGAUCUCAAUGCACACACAGACAAAUGUAAGAUGGAACUUGAUGAACACACGGGCAAAUGUAAAGAGCACCUGGAGAAACAUCGUCAAAAGUCUACAGAAACAGACUACACUGAAGCUUGUAAAGUUUUUCGCAGACGGUUGAUGGCACAUUACGAUUUCACUUUUAGCAAUAUUCCUCUUUCGAACUUGGAUCAGAGUCUUGAUAAGCGUAUAGUAGAUAUAUACGCAACGCCGAAUAUACACCGAAUUCAAAUUGAAAAAGAUGGAAAACGCAUAAAACAUGAGCAAGUACGGACAUACACAGAUAUAUUUUACACAGAUCGUGAGCCCAAUCGACGUAUAUACCUACAAGGUGAACCCGGCAGCGGAAAAUCUACAUUUUCAGCUAAGUUAGUUCAUGACUGGUCCCAUGGAAUCCAGCUUACGUCGGCAACCCCCAGUAAAAUUACUGCAUUUGAUGACGUUUCAACAAUUCAAAAAUUCAAGUUCCUAUUUUUCGUCGCAUUGAGAGAUUCGAAAGAUCAGGCAGAUGUGACGCAGAUGAUAAAGAAGCAACUUAUUGAUACAACAUAUUCCGAAGACGAACGAGCCGAUGUGUACAAACUUUUCGUACAAAUAAUGAACACUGAAAUCUGCUUCGUAAUACGGGAAGGUCUAGAUGAAUGGGUGUCUCCUGAUGGUAGAAACCUAGCUGAACCUUCCAUGGCUGGAUUUCAGAACGACAAGUGCACGGUACUAACGACAUCUCGACCAUGGAAACUUGCUGAUGAACGUAUCAAGAAUUCGCAUAUCGAAAAUCUUUUUGAAAUCAAGGGGAUUAGUGAUCCGUAUGCAUUUAGUGAAAAUAUAAUUCGAUGCCUAAUUGACCACUCGAAAGAUCUUAAAGAAACUUCGAUUAAAUUGCAGUCGUUCGUGGAAGAUCGUGAGCUCGAAUCAUUAUUUUCUUCACCUAUGUUGUACACGCUUGUCAUAUGUACUUGGGUAAACACAUUUGAGGAGGAGGAGGAACAUUUUUUUGAAGAAUCGUCACGGUGUGCACUUUACACUACUCUGCUUGAAAGUCUUUGUAAAAAAGCCAACAGUACGACUGGUUAUUUUAACGAUUCAAACCCGCCACCAGUGCACUGUUUUUCUAGCACAAGUUACCUUCAGCCAAACAUUGAACACUUAGAUAAGCUAGCAGAAGUAGCUUGUAAAUUGCUUUUCUCUUCUGAGAGAGAAUCGUCUAUUGUUUUCAGUGAUAUAACAUUAUCCAACUAUUUUUCUCCGGAUGAGCUCAAAGUUCGCAAGAAGUUUGCUCUCAAGGCAGGGAUAUUAACAAACAGGAAACAUAAAAGUCGAACAGGAAGAUCCAACUCAUUUGUCCACAAAACUGUGCAGGAACUUCUCGCAGCAUAUCAUAUCGCCUGCAAUACAUACGUUAUUGAUGACGUCAUAUCGAGAUACCUUAAACUCAAAAAUACAUCAUAUCUCGAAAUAUCGCAAGUUCUCAUAUUUCUGUGUGGAAUGAACAUCUCUGCUGCGAAUAAAUUGUCGGCUUUGAUGAAUCAAUAUGACCUUAAACAUUGCAAUAGAUAUAAGUACGAUGAUGAAGAUUGUCUGGAUGGGGAUCCCUGUGAGUUUCAGCGUAUCAUUGAGUCUGGAAUCAGUGAGGCAGUAGCCAACAAGCAGGAAGGCAUACUGCUGAAACUUAGUCACUUUUAUAUUGAUGAAAGCAACAUAAGAGAAUUACAUGACAUAUGGCCGACAGACACGUGCAACGUCGAGGUCUUAAUUGUCAGUCUUGACAUGAAUGACUUUCUGAGUUCACCUGCACUUGGCGAGUCUGCAACUCAUUUUGAGUUUAACCUGUCAUCGUGCCAAACUUUGAGGAAAUUGUGUCUAUGGGGCAGCGGCAUAUUGCUGAGAGAUACAGCAAGCUCGGUCAGAUCAGAAUUUCCGAUCUGUAUUGUACUUAACAACGCAGAUCCAGCCCAAUGUGCAGACACUCCCCCAGAACUGCCCAGCAUAACAGACAUUUUCUUUAAACGUGUCACAUGUUCCUCAACCUGUCUACACAGUCUGUUCAGCACGCUGUUGGCACUCAAUCAGUACGUGGAGUGUACGCUAAAGUGUGUCAUAACAUCGUGUGUAGAGGGAUCAGAUAUAUGUACAAAAGCAGUCAUAGGGACGAAUUCAGGCGUUCAAUUUCACAUGCAUUCUAUAAAGAAUGACAGUCCCGGUCUAUGGGAGGCUCUUCAUGGUCUGAAUAUCAUCAGUCUUAGCCUGGAUGGCUAUAAAGAUAAUGGAUUUCGUUUUAAUCAUACAGAACUGUUCUGGAAGUUUCUUUCAUCGCUCACACAUCUGGAAAGUCUUAGUCUUAAGGUUUGUGACAUUCCCAGUCUGUGCAAGGCCCUCCAUGGUAUGAAUAUCGAUUAUCUGAGUCUGAGAUUGAGUGAUAAGUUUCAAGAUUUGAAAAAAAACGAUUUAGAUUUAUUGUCGAAGUCUCUAUUGUCGCUUAUACGGAUGAAAACGCUUAAAAUUAAAACGCCUGGAGAAGACUUUCCCGGUCUGUGGGAGGCUCUCCGUGGUUUGAAUAUCACGAGUCUUAGUCUGAGUAGUUGGGAGACUUACGGGUUGAUUGUGAAUCAUGUAGAGUCGUUGUCGGAGUGUGUAACUUCCUAAAACAUCUGACAACACUUAGUAUUUCUGUGCGUGGAUACAAUCCCCUACUGUGGGAAGCUCUCCGUGGUCUGAAUAUCGAGAGUCUGAGUCUGAAAUUUACCAGCGGAGAUUUGACAGUGGCUCAUGGAGAGUCUUUAUUGCAGUCUCUUUCAUCUCUCACACAGCUGAAAUCGCUCAGUAUUAAUGCUUUUGGAGACGUCACCGGUCUGUGGAAGGCUUUCCGUUUUUUGAAUAUCAAGCAUCUGAGUCUUGAUAUUAGGAAAGUGAAACAUGUAGAGACGUCGUCAAAGUCUCUAUCAUCACUUGCAAAACUGGAAACGCUUAGUAUACGUGUUUCAAGAAAGAGUCCCGGUCUGUUGGAGGCCCUCUGUGGUCUUAAUAUCAAGAGUUUGAGACUGUUUCUAAUGGACCGGGAAAUGUGUUCGGGAGUGAAUCAUGAAGAGUCGUCGUCACAGUAUCUAUUAUCGCUCAACCUGCUGGAAACGCUGAGUAUUGAUGUAGAGUAUGACAUUCCAAAUCUUUGGAAUGCUCUCCAUGGUCUGAAUAUCAAAAGUUUGAGUCUGACGCUAAGUAACCGGGCUGGUCGUGUGAGAGUGAAUAAUGAAGAGUCGUCGUCGCAGAAUCUAGUAUCACUCAACCAGCUGGAAACGCUGACUAUUAAUGUGUAUUAUGGCAUUCCAAAUAUUUGGAAUGCUCUUCAUGGUCUGAAUAUCACGUCUUUGAGUCUGAACGUUAGGAAUGGUUGGACUCAUAUAGAAUCGAUAUCGCAGGCUCUAGUGUCGUUCACAAAGAUGGAAACACUCAGUUUGUCUCCGGACAUCUACGUUCGGUGGGAAGUUCUCCGUGGACUGAAUAUAAAGAGUUUGAGUCUGGAUUUUUGGCAUUUGCCAAAACACAUACUACAUAAAAAAAAAACAGUAGAGUUUGUGUCGCAAGUCUUAUCAUCGCUUUCACGGCUGGAAACGCUAAGCAUUAGUGUGGAUGAAGACAGUCCCGGUCUGUGGGAGGCUCUCUUUGGUCUGAAUAUCAAGAGCCUGAGUUUGAGUGGUGGGCGGAGUGGAUUUUUGAUAGUGAAUCAUGUUGAGUCGUUGUCGCAGUGUCUAGCAUCGCUCAAAGUUAAACUGGAAAAAGUUAGUAUAUGUGAUUUAGAAGAGAGACUUGGUUUGUGGGAGGCUCUCUGUGGUUUAAAUAUCAAAACACUUAAUCUGAGUGGCUUUUAUAAGGUGUAUAAUGUUGAGCUGUUGUCGAAUUCUCUAUCAUCGCUCACACAACUUAAGACACUAAGUAUUAUAGUACAAAAAGACACUCCCGGUCUUUGGGAGGCGCUCAGUAGUCUAAAUAUCAAGAGUCUUAUUGUCAGUGAUAAAGUGAAUGGUUUACGAGUAAAACAUUGAUCAAAGGCACUGUCAUAUCUCACACGCGUUGUGUAAGUGCGUCGGUAGACAGUCACGAUCUGCAAGAGUUUCUUCGUGGUCUGAAUAUCAAGAGUCUGUGUCUGGGAAGUAAGUGGAACAGUUUGAGAGUGAAUCGUGAUGAGUCGUUGCUGCAGUCUCUUUGAUCGCUCAUACAGAUGGAAACGCUUACAAUAUAUUUAUAAAUAUGUCGACUAACGGAUAUCUAAAUCAUUGACUUUUUGACUUUUACUGUUAUCAAUUACAUUCAUCGGAAUUGUGAGACCUAUUCAACACGAUGUCUGAAUUCAUUCAGAAAGUUGAAAGUAGGUUGAAAUUCGGUCUUUCUCCUUUCAAUCAAAAUAAGUAUACCCCACUGUAAGAAUACACUGACAUCCAACAGUUACUAGAAAACGGAAUAUGUGUGAAUAUGUGUGUGCUGUUAAUGACCAUGACAGCGUUGAUGGAAAGGAGUAAAAUGAGUUCUUUCGUAACAUUCAUCUGGACGCCAUCAAACAAAUUUCAAUGUGACUUCAGAAUAUACCAGCUUUGAGCUCAUGAAUCAAUGCAUGCGGCCUUCAUGACGUUGAUGAUAUAAACGCAUGCAUUACGAAUACAGGAAACACUAUAAUAAUAUAAGUCGACGGAUGAAAUUGUUUAUGUCAAACAUUGCAUUACAAAGUAUUAAUAUUUUAUCAGUGUUAAAGUUCAACGUGUUAGGUAUCAUAUCUCUUUUUUGCUAACAUGAUCUAAGUCUGAUUUAUGGUUUGUCUAACAGGCUAGUAAAUGAUAACUAUUUGUGUUAUGUAUUCCACUAAUGAUUUUAAGAAAUACAUUUUAGUAAUAAAUGUAAUACUUACAAAAUCAUCACAGUUCAUUCUUAAAUAGUAAAUUUAAAUGACAUCGUAGUCAUUUAUAUAGAUCAAAGAACAAUCUGACUUCACGUUUGCUAUUUCAGCACGAGUAAUAUGUUGCAAACACAAAUAUCUUAACAAAAUAAUUCAUUAUUUCUAUAGUUUACUUUUUUAAAUGUUAGUUAAAGAGGAAUCAGACUGCGCGUCAUAUUAGAAUUCAUCAUAUACUACUAUGGAUUUUUUUUUUGGCUUUAUAAAAACAGCGUGUUGGGCUCGUUGUCAUUAUAUAUGCCAAUAUGUGUUACAUAUAGAAUACGAACCGUUGGUUAAGUUUAAAUUCUUCAUUUACUUAUACAUGUUUGUGUUAUUUUGGCUAUAGAAAUCAAACUGCGUGUCAUGUAAGAACUCACCACAUACUAUAAUGUGUUAAUUGACUAUAUGUCAAUCAAACUGCGUUAAAGAACUCAUUAUAUACUAUUAUGUGUUAAAUUGCUAUAUCAAUCACACCGUGUGUCCACUUUGGUAUUUAUAAUAUAUAAGUAUGCUUGUAUUGGCUUUUGAAAUCAAAUCGUAUGUCAUGUUACAAUUCAUUUUAUACUAUCAAACGUUCGUUUGGAUAUAGAAUUAACCGCGUGUCGUGUUAGAAAUCAUCGUACAGCACUAUUUAUCAAUUGUGCUAUAGAAAAAAAAGCGUGUUGUGUUAGAAUUCAUCAUUUCAAACAUGUUCAUUUGGCUAUAGAUAUCAAAUUGCAUGUCACGUAAGACUUCAUCAUAAAGCAUUAUGUGUAAAGUGUGGGGUUAAAAACACUAAAUGCUUUGGAUUGACCAAUCGAGACAAGUGCCCACAAAUCUAUUCACGGUUUUUGCUAGUUGUGUAUGUGAUCGCCUUAUCAAUUACAUGUGUCACAUCGUUCAACAAAUGGCUCUUAGCAAAUUUACAAAUAAGACAUGCUAUAUAUUUCUAUCUGCUGAUGAACACUGUGCUAAUACUAUAAUGAAAUAAAUGUUCUUCUUUCUGAUUUGUAUGAUAAUUACGAUAAAACAAUAAAAUUAAAUUUUG